CAGUCUCUCAGAGUGAGAGUCGAACAGUCGCGCUGGUGCCGUCGUACAGUACGGAUUGUGGUUUUGUUUAGUGCCGGUCUGCUGUGUUUAAACUUGGACAACUAAUUAAAACAAUUGCAAGAUGAAGUUCUCAAUUCUAUCGGCCUUGACACUGGCUUUAUUUGCCGUGGCUUUGUGCCGAGCUGAAGGAACUACUGCUGAUCACGGGGCUGCUCCCGAACCCUCCGCCGAACCUUCCCCAAAAGCAGCAGAAGCCAAGGCGUCUCCCGCGCCUGACACCAAACAUGAAGGUUCCGGUCACCAUGAAGGUCCUCACGCAGAGCCCGAAGCAGAACCUGAACCUGAUUCCUCUACGCAUGGGAAACCAGAAGAAGCCUCAGCGGAGCCAGAACCUGAGCCCGAGCACGAAGCAGCGGAAGGCGACAUCAAGCCAGAGCAUCAACAAGUUGUGGAAAAGCCAGGUGCUGCAUCUGCGAGCACACUUGGGGAGAACGGCUGUGGCAGCGUCGUGACGAGCCUCGCUCUUGUCUUUGCCGCCGUCGCUGCUGUGAUGAGCGCUUAGAUUCUGCUGUCCUUGCAUCAUGCAUAGGCAUGAAUUGGUUCCAUUCAGAGCAGCUACUAAUAAAUUUAUCUCUUGUGUUCCUAGGACGCAGGCUUGUAAUUUUCUGAGUAUUAUCAAGGUGUUGAGUGUUAGCUACUGUAAUGGAAUACUGUUAGUCAUAAUAGUUGUAUUUUAUCGGUGGAUGUGUAAAUUAUUAGUUAUGGUUUUGGAUGCUCGCUGGUUCGUCAGAUUCUUUCGAUUGCCUAAUACUUAACGAGGACAAAUUUUGCCCUCCUAUUUACUUUCAUUUGUAACGGAAUUAUAAGAUCAUUACUACGCUUCAUACAACACAACGCCGUUGUGCUCAGCUCGCUAGUCUUAUAGCUACUAGGCCCAUCCGUAUUUAUUCAUUUUCUUUCAUCUUUCUGCGGUAAUGAACCAAUUCACAGCUUUUGGAUAAAGUUUUAAGUUUCUAGCGGUUAGUUCAUGUCUAAGUAAUCUUGGAGUGUCAUAAAAAAUUCUAUUUACCUGCUAUUUAAUAAAUUGGGGGCUUCUAAGUGACCUUGCUAUGUGAUAUUGUGAGGUUCGAUUCGCAAAUAUAGAAUACAAAUUAG